UUCAGCACUUCUCCGUACCAUUUGGACCUAGGUGAAUUAGGCUGUAUCGAAGGACUAGAUGUGACGAACAAGUCAACUUCACGCGUUCUAUGCCACUAUUUUGGAGGUAUCCCAUAUGCUCAUCCUGUCGAAAGAUUCCGAGCACCUCGACCUCUGCCUCUCUCGCACCGCUACGGCACUAAGGAUAAGCCUGCCAAGUUUGCUGGUCAGGUCGGGGUAUGCCCUCAACCCGGUUUCAUUGGUUUACCUAACCCUACCAUUUGGAACGAAGACUGCCAUCAACUCAACAUAUGGAUACCUUCUGGAGACAGACCAGCAGAAGGCUGGCCAGUGUUCUUCUACAUAUUCGGCGGAUGGCUACAAUUUGGUGUAAGAUUUCUCGGUGGUCUCUACCUCGAUGCAUUAGCUGAGCUACUGAGUGAGACAGCGUUCAAAGCCAUUGUAGUCAUGCCGGGUUACAGAGUGAAUGCCUUCGGCUUUCUCGCAGGGAAAGAGCUAGAAUAUGAGGCAAGAGCAAACGGUGAAGCGUAUUCGAACUUUGGAUUCUGGGACCAGCGUACUGCCUUGGAGUGGACUCACGAUCGCAUCCUCGCUUUUGGCGGCAACAAGGACAAUAUCACCGUCGCGGGCUAUUCAGCUGGCUCAUACUCGACUUUUCAACAGCUUGCUUAUGAUUUGCAUCUCCCGCAAAGAUCUUCUAUCAUCAAAAGAGGUAACCAAGAUCGUCUUGAUUGUGCAGAUAUCAUGCUGACAAGUUGGCAGNUCUGCAUGUUCUCGAAUGGACCAGGUCUCAAGCCCCGCUCAACUGAAAGCCGUCAGAAACAAUUUGAUGAGCUCCUCAAUUGGCUCGACAUACCCCUCUCGCUGAGCCCAGCAGAGAAACUGUCACGAUUGCGCAAGGUUCCAGCUCGUCAGUUGGUUGCUGUUCAGAGCAGCAUGAAGCUUCACGAAUUCAGACCAGUGCUAGAUGGCUCCUUCAUCAGUGACAACUUGAUCGACAGCAUAAACGAUGGGUCUUUCGCGAGGCAGUUGAAAGAUAGAGGAAUUAAGAUAAUGAACGGAGAAGUGCGCGAUGAGCACUACCUAUAUGGAGCCUGGCGUACCCCUGACUGGAGUUACGAUGCUGUCUAUGAUCGUCUGGUCGCAGAUUAUCCAGAGUCCAAGGUCAAANAGCUUAUGGAACUUUGUGCACCAGGAAAGAGGCUUCCAGCAUUCGCCGAGGACUGGCCUGACUUGUUCGGUCGUCUGUAUGCCGAUGUGCAAGUGCACGAUCUCGAGCGUGGCUUCGCAAGUCAUCUCGCANAAGGAGGAUUUACGAUUGGCAAAGACCUUCUUCGCUAUCGUAUCGAAUGGCGUGCGAAGUGUGCUGACUAUAUUGCGCCUCCAGAGUGGCAAGUCACUCACAGUACCGAUCGUGCAAUCUGGUUCUGGGGAGGCGGUCUGGGACAAGGGUUGACUGCGGAUGAAAAGAAGACCCUUAAAGACCUGAAUGCAGUCUUUGCACGCUUUGUGGACGGCGAAGAUGUGCAAUGGAGCCAACAAGGGCCGAAGAUGGUGUAUAGACUCAACUCUGCAGGCCAGAUGGACAUGUGGGAGGACGAUCGAUGGGAACGAGGCCUCGAAGGCUGGGAAGCCAUGAACGGG